AUGCCUGAGACCCCAGACCUCUGGGGGACCAAGGCUCUGGCCGAGAUAGCAGCCGCUGCCCUCCUGCUCCUCCUGGCGCUGCCCGCAGGGGCCUGGCCUGAGCUGGGGCUGCCCUGCUGGUUGUGUAUGCACUGCAUCUGCCUACCCUGGCCCACUGCCCCCAGCCCGCAUGCCAGCAUGAGCGACAGGGAUGAGUGGGUGGGGCUUCCCCACAUGCCAUCCACCAUCAACAUCUCGAUCCUCAAAGGUGAGAAGGGUGAAACGGGGGUCAGAGGUCGCUCCAGCAGGAGCAGGAAGGAGGGCCCGCCCGGCUCCCGGGGCCUCCGUGGCCACAAGGGCCAGGGGCAGGUGGGGCCGCCGGGCACCCUGUGCCAGCGUGCCUACGUGGCCUUCUUGGUGGGCCGGCGAGAGGGGCUGCAGUCAAAGGACGGUGCCUUCGACCUGGCCUCCAGCCACUUCCUCUGUGCCGUGCCCGGCGUCUACUUCCUGACCCUCAACUUGCACACCUAGAAUUACAAGGUGACGUACCUGCACAUCAUGUGCAACCGGCAGGCCGUGCUGUAUGUGCAGCCCAGCGAGUGCAGCAUGAUGCAGACACAGAGCCUGCUGCUGCCGCUGGCCACGGGUGACGCUGUCUGGGUGAGCAUGUUCCAGAGGGACAGCGACAACGCCAUCUACAGCGAGCGCGGUGACCUCUACAUCACCUUCAGCGCCCACCUGGUCAAGCCGGACGCUGAACUCUAG